AGCAGAGCAGUCUCCUCCCCCCAGAAGAGAAGCGUUUCUUUUACAGGAAGAACUUCUCUCAGACCUUUUCUCUUCUUUUUCGGCAGAGCGGCGGAGUUUUUCUGACACACCUGGAAACACUUCUUGUUCUCGUCCAGUCGCCGCGGGAGGAACCCCCGGGAUGAAGCUGGGGGCUGCUGGGGAACCCGCUGCGCUGUGAAGCCGUGACGGUUUCAGAGUCUGUCGCUCACAAAUGGGGAAAGCGGAGCAGGUCUGCCGCGGGGCUGCAGUGAGAAUGUCCGAGCAGAUGUCCAGCUUCCUCCAGAUCGGAGACAUUGUGUCUCUUUACGCGGAGGGCUCGGUGAACGGCUUCAUCAGCACGUUGGGACUUGUUGAUGAUAGAUGUGUGGUUCAGCCCGAUGCCGGAGACCUCAACAAUCCUCCCAAAAAAUUCAGAGACUGCCUCUUCAAGGUGUGUCCCAUGAACAGAUAUUCAGCCCAGAAGCAGUUCUGGAAGGCCAAACAAGGAAAACAAGGAAACAACAACACACAAGGGGAAUUGUUUAAAAAGUUACAGCAUGCUGCAGAGCUGGAGCAGAAGCAGAAUGAAACGGAGAACAAGAAGCUCCUCGGGGAAAUCGUCAACUACAGUAAUGUCAUUCAGCUCCUCCACAUUAAGAGCAACAAGUAUCUGACCGUGAACAAGCGUCUGCCGGCGCUGCUUGAGAAGAACGCCAUGCGGGUUUCUCUGGACCCUGCUGGGAACGAGGGCUCCUGGUUCUACAUCCAACCCUUCUGGAAGCUGCGCAGCGACGGAGACAGUGUGGUGGUUGGAGACAGAGUGGUUCUGAUGCCAGUGAAUGCCGGACAGCCCCUCCAUGCCAGCAACAUUGAGCUUUUAGAUAAUGCCGGCUGCAAGGAGGUAAAUGCAGUGAACUGUAACACCGCCUGGAAAGUCAACUUGUUCAUGAAGUUCAGUGACUACAGAGAUGAUGUUCUGAAGGGGGGAGAUGUGGUGAGGUUGUUUCAUGCUGAGCAGGAGAAGUUUCUGACCUGUGAUCAGCACAUGAAGAAGCAGCACGUCUUUCUCAGGACCACUCUGAGGCAGUCCGCCACCUCCGCCACCAGCUCCAAGGCCCUCUGGGAGGUUGAGGUUGUGCACUCCGACCCCUGCAGGGGGGGAGCCGGUCAUUGGAACAGCAUUUUUCGAUUCAAGCACUUGGCAACCGGGAAUUACCUCGCAGCUGAGGUGAACCAGGAAUACAAAGACAACAAGUUACAGUGCAAAGGAGAGAAUGAUUCAGACACUGUGUACUCCAAAAAGAAGCACCAAGCAGCGGAGAAGAUUGCCUAUGUCCUGGUUUCUGUUCCCCAUGGGAACGACAUUGCCUCGUUGUUUGAGCUGGACGCCACCACGCUGCAGUGGGCUGACUGUCCCGUGCCCAGAAACUCCUAUGUGAGACUCAGGCAUCUGUGCUCAACCACCUGGGUGACCAGCACUAAUCUCCCCAUCGACGAAGAGGAGGAUCGUCCGGUCAUGCUGACGAUUGGCACCUGUCACUCUAAGGAGGACAAAGAGGCUUUUGCCAUUGUAGCUGUUCCCCUGUCGGAGGUCAGAGAUCUGGACUUUGCUAAUGAUGCCAGUAAGGUCUUGGAAUCCACUGUGAAGAAACUUCAGCAUGUCAACAUUACUCAGAAUGAGAGGAGGUUUGUGACUAAACUGCUAGAAGACCUGGUUUUCUUUGUGUGUGUGGUGCCGAACAACGGACAGGACGUUCUGUCAGUGGUCACCUCCACACCAAACCGCGAGAGGCAGAAACUCAUGAGAGAACAAAACAUCCUCGCUCAGAUUUUUGGCAUCCUGGAGGCUCCGUUUUCAGAUAAAGGCGAUGGUCCAAUGUUGAGGUUGGAGGAUCUGGGAGAUCAGCGCUACGCUCACUUCAAGUACAUGCUGAGGCUUUGCUACAGAGUGCUGCGACACUCACAACAGGACUAUCGCAAGAACCAGGAAUAUAUAGCCAAGAAGUUCUCCAUCAUGCAGUCUCAGAUUGGGUAUGAAAUUCUGGCUGAAGACACAAUCACUGCCCUGCUGCACAACAACCGCAAGCUGUUGGAAAAACACAUCACAGCCAAAGAGAUUGAGACCUUUGUCAACCUGCUGAGGCGCAAUAGAGAGCCCAGAUUCCUGGAUUAUCUGUCUGAUCUCUGUGUGUCCAACAAGACCGCCAUCCCAGUCACACAGGAGCUUAUCUGUAAAUUUAUUCUGAACCCCUCCAUUGCAGACAUCCUCAUUCAGACCAAACUGGUGUCUACCAUGGACAACACUAUGGAUCCCUCCAUGCUCUCAGAGGAUGGUGACGACGAGGAAGUUUGGCUCUACUGGAUCGACAGCCACAAGGAGCCUCAUGGUAAAUCCAUUCGCCACCUGGCCCAGGAUGAAAAGGGCAAUCACAAAAUGGAUACAGAUGUCAUUACCUACUACAGGUAUCAGCUGAACUUGUUUGCUAAAAUGUGUCUGGAUCGCCAGUAUCUUGCCAUCAACCAGAUCUCCAGUCAGCUACCCGUGGAUCUGAUACUUCGCUGCAUGUUCGACGACUGCCUGCCCUACAACCUCAGAGCCUCCUUCUGCCGCCUCAUGCUGCACAUGCACGUGGACCGUGACCCGCAGGAGUCCGUGGUUCCGAUGCGCUACGCCCGCCUCUGGAACGAAAUUCCCUCUGAGGUCACCAUCAGUGGGUUUGAGUAUGACUCCACUAACAGCUUGAGAGAGGAGAUGAAGAGGAAGUUUGCUUCCACCAUGGAGUUUGUGGAGGAAUAUCUUAGAGAUGUAGUCAGCCAGUCCGAUCCAUUCGGGGAGAAAGAUAAGAAUGAACUCACGUUAGAGGUGGUGAAUCUGGCUCGACAGAUGGUUUACUUUGGUUUUUACAGCUUCAGUGAGCUGCUGCGCCUCACGCGCACCCUGCUGGCCAUCCUCGACAUCGUCCAGCAUCCACCAACCUUCAUGAACAAGCUCAGCAAGAGUCCAGAGGCCGGCAACAAUGUCCUGCGAACGAUUCACGGCGUUGGAGAGAUGAUGACUCAGAUGGUGAUGAGUCGAGGUGUGCCCAACAGCUUGCCUGACACUCCUCUGUCCCUGCGUUACGGAAAAGGACACUUGAUGGCGGACAACGAGGACGUCAUGGUGAUGGACACCAAGCUGAAGAUCAUUGAGAUCCUGCAGUUCAUCCUGUUUGUGAGGCUGGACUACAGGAUCACGUACUUGCUGUCCAUCUACAAGAAAGAGUUUGGGGACAAGACAAAACCUGAAAACUCUGAAUCUUUGGCUGAAAUGCCUCCAGUUACAUCUUCUGAGCCAGACAUAGAUGAGAUUGCAGCGAAAGCAGAGAGCAUGUUUGCUGGAAGCUCCGAGUUAGCUGCGGUUGAGCUGGACGAUGAACGUGGCCGAAUGUUUUUGAGGGUUCUCAUUCAUCUCAUCAUGCAAGAUUACGCAUCGCUGGUGUCCGGAUCGCUGCAGCUCAUCUUCAAACACUUCAGUCAGAGAGCUGAGGUGCUGCAGGCCUUUAAACAGGUCCAGCUUCUUGUAUCAGAGAACGAUGUAGAAAACUACAAGCAGAUUAAAACAGACCUGGAUCAGCUGCGUUUAACUGUGGAGAAAUCAGAGCUGUGGGUGGAGAAAAGUGGGGGCUAUGGCAGUGAAGACUUGGAGGGCAGACAGGGCAAAGAGCCUAACAUGGAGGAGGUUGUUCUGAGUCCAGUUCAGGAUGGGGAAAUUAAACCUCAGAUUGACAGUAACAAAGCCAACAACUAUGUCAUAGUUAAAGAGAUCCUUGUGCGUCUCAGUAAUUUGUGUAAAGCUGGUAAGAAGUCUCGAAUAGAGCAGCAUCAGAGGUUGCUGAAAAACAUGGGAGCACAUACAGUGGUGCUGGAGCUGUUGAAGAUCCCAUAUGAGCAGAGUGAUAAGAGGAUGGAAGAAAUCAUGAGCCUGGCUAACAACUUUUUGCAAAACUUCUGCAAAGGGAACCCUCAGAAUCAAGUUCUCCUACAUAAACACCUGAAUUUCUUCCUUUCUUCCGGGCUCCUGGACACAAUGGAGACAAUGCGUCACAUCUUCAUGAACAACUAUCAGCUGUGCAACGAGAUCAGCGACCGCGUGGUCCAACACCUCGUCCACAGCAUCGCGACGCAGGGAAAGCAUGUUCAGUGCCUCAAAUUCUUGAAGACUAUUGUGAAAGGUGAUGGACGGUAUGUGAAGAAAUGUCAGGACAAAGUCAUGACUGAGCUGGUGAACGCUGGCGAGGACGUGCUGGUGUUCUACAACGACCGCUCCUCGUUCUCAAAGCUGGUGGAGAUGAUGGGCUCUGAGGAAGAGCGGGCCAACGAGGACGGAGCUUUGGCCUACCACAAUGCACUCGUAGAUCUUCUCGCAGCUUGCACCGAGGGCAAGAACGUCUACACCGAGCUGAAAUGCAACUCUCUGCUACCGCUGGACGACAUUGUUAAAGUCGUCACUGAUAUGAACUGCAUCCCAGAGGUGAAAACUGCAUAUGUGAACUUUGUGAAUCACUGCUAUGUGGACACAGAGGUAGAAAUGAAAGUAAUCUACACUUCCCCCCACAUAUGGAGACUUUUCGACAACUUCUUGGUUGACAUGUCCAGAAUGUGCAACACCACUACGGACCGGGCUCACGCAGAUUUGAAACUGGAGAAGUAUGUGACAAAUACAGUGAUGGCCAUUAUCAAGGGUUUCUUCAGCUCGCCUUUCUCCGUGAACCACUCCAACCUGCAGACGAACCAGUCGGUCUUUGUCAAGCUGCUGCAGUCAGCUUACAGAGUUUAUAACUGUGCCUGGCUCGACACGACUCAGAAGGCCAACACUGAAAGCUGUAUCAAAACACUGGCUGAUGUCGCUAAAACUCGGUCCAUAGCCAUCCCUGUUGAUCUGGACAGCCAGGUCAACACUCUGUCUCUCAAGGUCCAUAACUACAUGGUGAAGCGAGUUGUCAAAGACUGGAAGAUCGCCCGUGCACGACCUCGUAGGGAGUUUUCAACUAGUCCCGUCAACAUGAUCGUCAUCGAGAAACUGCAGGGGGUCGUGUCCUUUCUGGAGGAGCAGUUCAUCCCGAGGGUUAAGGCAGAAUUUUCUGUGCUGGUGGACGUUCUUCACAGCCCUGAGCUGCUGUUUCCAGAGGCUGCGCAGUUACGCUGUGAUGGCGGCGCCUUCAUGUCAAAAUUAAUCAAACACACCAAGAAGCUCAUGGAAAAAGAGGAAAAUCUGUGUAUAAAGAUUCUGCAGACCCUCAGGGAGAUGCUGGACAAGAAGCAAUCCUUUCAGGAAUCUGAACAUGAGCUAAGGAAGAUACUUCUGGCUCGCUACUUUGGAAAUCAGAAGCUUCCCUCCAAGUCAGAGCAGGGCAGUGGAAACAGUUCAUCUGGAGUCUUUGUCAAGCCGUCAUCAGGAGGUUCUGCCGUGCAGGAUUCUGAUAAGCCAGGCAGCAGUGUGGUGGAGAUCCAGUGCCUCUUGGACAGUGUGGGUGCGACAGAGCUGGUGAUCGAUCUCAUUGUCAACACCAAGAACGACCAGGUGUUCGAGGAGAGCAUCCUGCUGGGAAUCGCUCUUCUGCAGGGAGGAAACACGCAGAUACAGAACUCCUUUCACAACCAGCUGCACAAGCAGGCCAACUCUGAGAAGUUCUUCAAAGUUUUCUACGAUCGAAUGCGCUUGGCCCAGCAGGAGAUCCGAGCCACCGUGUCCGUCAACAUGUUUGAAGUCGGCUGCAGGAAAAGUUACGACAGCGAUGCCAAUAGCAGGAGGAUGAAGAAAGGGAAAGACUCUGGCCUUCAUAUGACGGAAGGCAUGGAAAGACAGCUGAAGGAGGCCUGUUCAGUGACCUCAAGGGCCUUCCGUUCCUACAGGAAGGAGAUAGUCUCCGAUCUUGAGGCUCUUGGCCAGAGCAGUGAGAUAAUCAGCACCGAGGAGACUUCAGAGGAAACCCAGAUGAGCCAGGUCAUCGCCAUCAUGAAACCAGUCCUUCGUUACCUCCAGCUGCUUUGCGAAAACCACAACCCAGACCUGCAGAACUUUCUGCGCCAGCAGUGCAACAAGACCAACUACAACCUGGUGUGUGAGACUCUUCAGUUCCUGGACUGCAUUUGUGGGAGCACCACAGGAGGUCUUGGUUUGUUGGGACUUUAUAUCAACGAGUGUAACGUGGAUCUGGUGCGCCAAACACUGGAAACCAUUACAGAGUACUGCCAGGGACCCUGCCAUGAGAACCAGACCUGCAUAGCCAAGCACGAGUCCAAUGGUAUCGACAUUAUUAUAGCACUGAUUGUCAAUCCCAUCAACCCCCUGGGGGAGCAUCGACUGGACCUGGUACUGGAGCUGAAGAACAAUGCGUCCAAACUUCUUCUGGCCAUCAUGGAGAGCCGCCAUGACAGCGAGAAUGCAGAGAAGAUCCUCUACAAGAUGAGACCUAUUGAACUGGUGGACGCGAUGAAGGAAGCCUACGCCCAGGACUGGAGGACUGAGGAUAACGAGGAGAGCGCUGGAGAUGAAAUCGCACCCAGAGAUGUUGGACACAACAUUUAUAUUCUGGCCCACCAGUUGGCUCGACACAACAAGUCCCUGCAGCAGAGCCUCAGACCCGGGUCGAGAUCAGGCCUGGAUGCUGAGAAGGACGAAGCUCUUCAUCACUACGCCAAGCACACAGCUCAGAUAGAAAUUGUGCGUCUUGACCGCAGUAUGGAGCAGAUCGUGUUUCCAGUCCCGAACAUCUGCAAGUACCUCACCGAGGAGUCCAAGAUGCGCGUGUUCACCACCACCGAGAGAGACGACCAAGGCAGCAAGGUGAACGACUUCUUCCAUCAGUUCGACAACCUCUACAGUGAGAUGAAGUGGCAGAAGAAGAUUCGCAAAAACAAGGCCCUGUUUUGGUUCUCGCGCCACAUGUCUCUUUGGGGGAGUAUCUCCUUCUAUCUGGCCUGUAUCCUCAACACCGCUGUGGCUGUGUUCUACCCCUUUGGGGAUGAUGGAGAUGAAGGCAUUCUGUCCCCUUUCUGGAGUAUCUUACUGUGGGUGGCACUCGGGGUCUCCACCGCCCUACUUCCUGUCCUCCCGAUGCAGUGGGGCAUCGUGUUCUUCUUCAUCUCCCUCCUGUUGCGAGCCAUCUACACGAUGGGCCUGGCCCCCGCUCUGCUGUUGCUCGGCACUAUAAAUCUCUUCAACAAGUUGGUGUUUCUUGUGAGUUUUGUGGGCAACCAGGGAAUAUUCACUCGAGGCUACAAAGCCGUUGUGAUGGACGUGUUCUUUAUUUGCCAUGUGGGUUACGCCUUCAUCUGUGUCCUGGGCCUCUUUGUUCACGAGUUCUUCUACAGCAUUUUGCUGUUUGACUUGGUGUUCCGAGAGGAGACGCUGCUGAACGUGAUAAAAAGUGUCACAAGGAAUGGCCGGUCCAUAUUUUUGACGGCCAUUCUCGCCAUCUUCCUCGUCUACUUUUUCUCCAUUAUCGGCUUCCUCUUCCUCAAGGAUGACUUUCGCAUGGAAGUGGACCGCCUCCCAGAAAAACACGACUUAUCGACUAAAGGUGGAGACGCACGUUCGUGUUUUAAAGACAGCUGCCCUGCUGCUCCAGCUUCCACCUCACCUCCUGAUGAAGAUGAUGGGAUGGAACGUGUGUGUGAUACUCUUCGCAUGUGUAUAAUCACCGUGUUGAACCAGGGUUUACGUAAUGGAGGAGGUGUGGGAGAUAUCCUAAGGAAACCCUCUAAAUUGGAGCCUCUGUUUGCUGCUCGAGUGGUUUAUGACCUUCUCUUCUUCUUCAUCGUCAUCAUCAUCGUUCUCAAUCUGAUCUUCGGUGUGAUCAUCGACACGUUUGCAGACUUGAGAAGCGAGAAGCAAAGAAAAGAGGAGAUCCUUAAAACCACCUGUUUCAUCUGUGGUUUGGAACGGGACAAGUUUGACAACAAAACGGUGUCGUUUGAGGAGCACAUCAAAUCUGAGCACAAUAUGUGGCACUACCUCUACUUCCUGGUUCUGGUGAGGGUGAAGGAUCCGACUGAGUACACCGGCCCUGAGAGCUACGUGGCCCAGAUGAUUGCAGAGAAGAAUCUGGAGUGGUUCCCUCGUAUGAGAGCCAUGUCUCUGGUGAGCAGCGAGGGAGACAACGAGCAGAACGAGAUGCGAUCCCUGCAGGAGAAACUGGAGAGCACGGUCACUCUGGUAGCUCAGCUCUCAGGCCAGCUGGCUGAGCUCAAGGAACAGAUGACGGAACAGAGGAAGAACAAGCAGAGACUUGGAUUUCUUGGUCCUUUUCAGCCCAACCAGUACAUUUCAGUACACUGAGGUGGUGGGGGGGUGGAGGCGUCCAUGUAACUGGACACUGGUGCAAAAA